ACCCUUGAGACAUGCUUGUUAGCCUGGAAUGUUUCUUACGUAAAACAUGUUUAGAAUUUCAUUGAAGAACUUAUUAAGUGUUGCAAAAUCACAGUCUCCGCUUCAUUUAUCUAGCGUAAGACUGAUAAAUUCUUGUCGCAGCUCUAUUCAUCCGAAUAUACUUUGUGUGAAUCUGAGUGCAAGGUCAAAUGGACAUAAACAAAAUGUAAAAUGUUAUCUCAUUCCGUUCCAGCCUUCAAGGUGUUUGAAUAAAAAAGUUAGUCAAAAUAAGCUAGAUCAAGGUUCAAAGAAGUAUCUGUGGUAUCUAGUUAUAAGCACAUUUAUUGUUGGGACCUGUAUGCUGUCAACCAUUGGAUAUUCAAAGGUGAAGAGAAGACUAAAAGGGAUUGAAAAUGUGACAGAUGAAAAUACCAGGAAAAUGAAACAUUUUUUCCGAUACAAAGGAGUUGUUCUACCACAGUUUACUGAAAACAUUGUACAUAAAUUUGAAAAUUUCGAAGUCCGACCCGAUGAUGUAUGGGUUGUCUCAUUUCCGAGAUCAGGAACAACAUGGACACAAGAGAUUGUAUAUUUGAUAAAUUCAAACAUGGAUAUAGAAAAAGCCAAAACUGUUUCUAUUGACGACAGAUUUCCAUAUUUGGAAUACCUCACACCAGGACUUGAUGCUAUAGCUAAUUUACCAUCACCCAGACUGAUAAAGACACACUUACCAUUGAAAUUGUUACCUAAAGACAUCAACAAAGCUAAGGUGAUAUAUGUAGCCAGAAAUCCAAAAGAUACAGCCGUAUCAUACUAUCACUUCUGUAAGCUGCUCAAGACUUUCUCAGGAGAGUUUGAUUUCUUCCUCAAGUUAUUUGUCAAUCAUAAAGUGGGAUAUGCUCCAUGGUGGCAGCAUGUACUGGAUUUUUGGAAUAUCAAAGAUGAUCCAAAUGUCUUGUUUAUAACUUAUGAAGAUAUGUGUGAGGAUAUGGAAGGCAACAUUAGAAAGAUUGCAGAGUUUUUGGGCAAAAACUUGUCUGACAAAGAUGUCAAAUACAUUGAACAUCAUUGUAGCUUUGAUAACAUGAAGAAUAACGCACAAGUCAACUAUGAAUGGAUGAGGCAUCUAGGUGUCUGGGAUAACAAAGAUAAAGACAAUUCACAUAUAAGAAAAGGAAAGAUUGGUGAAUGGAGGCUUUACUUCAACAAAGAAACAAACUAUCAGAUCAACAGAAUGGUGGCUCAUAAACUGAAUGCUAGUGGACUCACCUUCAAGUAUGAUAAGGAUGGAGCAGAAAUAACUGAUCAGGGAGAUGUUAGUGAGAAACAAACUGCCAAAGAUUCAACUUGACAUGAGGGUCUGCAUAGAUAAAUUGGGGUCAAUCAUUUAGACACGCUGGUCCGGCCAGGAAGAGAUAAAAAUGUCUUAGGUCAAGUGGAAUUUAGAAUAGUCAGACGAAAGGGCCAUUUCCAGCAACUUUUAAAGAAUAAAUUAUUUGUCUAGUUUA